CGCGCGGAGCAGCGAGGCGCAGCGGAGCUUCGGGAUCGGGGUCGGGGUCGCGCCCGGCUCGGAGCUGCCACCUGCGGCCAUGUCGGGUUCGGUCAGCCCCGCCCUGGCCACAGGCCAGGCAGGCUCAGAGGACGAGACUCGGGAGGAGGAGCUGAUGGAUGGCGACGGGUCCCGCCCCUGGACCCCACAGGAGAAGGCCCUGCACGAAGCCCGGCUCAAGGCCAAGGCCAAGCAGCGCCUGCGGCGCACCUCGUCCCGGGACUCCACCCGGGAGCCAGCACCCGAGGGGGGGGAGCCCAGCCCCGACCCUAGCAGCCCCAAGGGCAAGACCAACGACAGGAAGUCGCGCAUGGGCAAGGGCCGUGGGCUCCCCAAGAAAGGUGGCGCUGGGGGCAAGGGCGUGUGGGGUGCACCUGGCCUGGUGUACGGGUACCAGGAGCCCGACGCGCGGGACCCCAACUACGACGAGUCAUCUCAGGGCGACACGGUCUAUGCCACAGUGACGCCGGAGCUGGAGGAGGGGGAGCUGGAGAAGAAUGUGCACCCCAUGGUGCUGGAGUACUUUGAGCAUGGGGACACCCUUGAGGUGAUGGAGCUGCUGAGGGAGCUGAACCUGGGCAGCAGGAAGCAUGCCGUCCCCUCGCUGGCUGUGGCGCUGGCGCUGGAGGGCAAGGCCAGCCACCGGGAGCUGACCUCCCGCCUGCUCUCGGACCUCGUGGGCAAGGUCAUGACCUCAGAGGACAUCGCCAGGGCCUUUGACAAGAUGCUCAAGGACCUGCCUGACCUUAUCCUGGACACUCCUGAGGCUCCGCAGAUGCUGGGCCAGUUUAUUGCCCGGGCCGUGGCUGACCAUGCCCUGCCCCUGGACUUCCUGGACCGCUACAAGGGGCGCGUGGACUGUGAGCACGCCCGGGCUGCCCUGGACCGCGCCGCAGUGCUGCUCCGUAUCAAGCAGGACGUGAACCAGUUGGACAACGUGUGGGGAGUGGGGGGUGGCCAGAGGCCCGUGAAGCAUCUCAUCAAAGAGAUGAACCUGCUGCUGCGCGAGUACCUGCUGUCCGGGGAGGUGUCGGAGGCAGAGCACUGCCUGCGGGAGCUGGAGGUCCCUCACUUCCAUCAUGAGCUGGUCUAUGAGGCUGUAGUGAUGGUGCUGGAGUCCACGGGCGAGACUCCUGUCGUCAUGAUGGUAAAACUGCUCAAAGUGCUGUGGGAGACGGGCCUGGUGACCCUGGACCAGAUGAACCGGGGCUUUCAGCGAGUCUAUGACGAGCUUGGAGACAUCAGCCUGGAUGUGCCCCUUGCUCACCGUAUCCUGGAGCGGCUGGUGGAUCUCUGCUUCGAAGAGGGAGUUAUCACCAAGCAGCUGAGAGACACCUGCCCAGCCAGGGGCCGGAAGCGAUUUGUGAGCGAGGGUGAUGGGGGGCAGAUCAAGCAGUAACUGGCCAUCUCAUCCGCCCCAGCCCGACAGUCCCCUGGAGGUGAUUGAUGUCCCCCAGCUCUGGAGUUCCUCCUUGUCUGUCUCCAACUGGGAAUGGUGCCAGGGAACCACCCAGCCCCCAGAGGGGGCAGUGCAGAGGCUGUGAUGGAUCUUGGGGGGAGGUGGGGGAGGUAAGGUGGGGUCCAGGAGCAGGGAGGGGGCUGGUGGGCUGAUCUUCCAGCUGGGGCUGCCCUGGAGCAGGAAGGGAGGGCUGGGCGCAGCUGCAGGACUCUUGCCCCCUCCACCUCCCUGCAGCCCUAGCUGGAAGAUGCCCCUCCCUCGCCUAGUGGGGCUGUGUCUUAACAACCAUGCUGUGUCUGUGCCUUCCCCCCCCCCCCCCGCCGCUGCUUGGCUCCAUGCAGUGGGGUUAGCAAGGGGGCAUCUCCUCUCUCCCUCGCCCCAGCCUCUUAUGCUGGCUAGUGCAGGAAAGGGCUUGCUUCUCACUCUACCCCCAGGGGGGCGGGGGGAGCUCAGCUUGGGGGCUUUGGGAUUCCUUCCUUCCCCACAAUGGAGUGACUGAGGUCACCCCACAUGUCAGUCCAGCUGAGGGGGCCUGGAGGCGCAGGCCUGGCUGUAACUCCAUCUGCAGCAUUCUCCCUGGCGCCCCCCUUCCCACUCCAGGGCGUGGCCUGCGGACUGGGCUGGGUAAAACCAGCCUGUCUUAGGGGAAGGCAGUGUAUCCUUACGCUGCCCCGGGAGUGGAGCUGGGGGCUUGCAAAAGACAUGUCCAGGCCUCUCCCCUGGGCUGGGCACCAGGCCACACAGGACAAGCUGUUUCCUUGUAUCUUAUGCCAAGGGCCAGGAACAAUCUCCAGAGCAAAGGAUUCUGGGUCACACUGAUCAGCUUGCAUCAUGGGCAGUGACACAGGUAA